UCAGCAGCGAGUAAACACACCUCCAGGAUGUCGCCAGGCGCUAAGUUUUAGCCUUAAAUGGUAUUUAAACUACUAGCUGUGCCACAGAAGCCCACGGCGGAUGAUUCUAGGCGCUAAAAGUGAUUGGAGACUGCAACCCGAUAUAUUUAAGCUAUUGUAACAUUUAAAUGGCAGCUGGGAGGCUGCUGAAUGCCAUUUUGUCUGAGCUACGCUAAGCUAAAAUGCUAAGCUCCGUGCUAGCCGCGGCUAACGUCAGUUGGUGUCCGUUGGAAUGAGAGAGCUGCUCCGGUGAUGGCAGCUGGAGCCGGAGCCGCCUCUGGCUCUCUGGAGUCGACCCUGGAGAGGAGGUUUAAAUGUGUCAACAACACUAUGGAGUCCAUUCAGGGGCUGUCAACGUGGUGCAUCGACAACAAGAAGUACCACAGCCUGAUUGUGCGACACUGGAUGAAGUGUAUGAGGAAAUGUGACGCCUCACACAGGCUCAACUUAUUUUACGUCGCCAAUGAUGUCAUUCAGACCUGUAAAAGGAAAAAUGCCAUUGUUUACCGUACGGCAUUCGCUGAGAUACUCCCCGAGGCCUUCGUAUUGGUGAACAGCGAAGGUGACGCCAAGGUAAUGAAAUCGGUGGAGAGGAUACUGUCCAUCUGGGAGGAGCGGGGUGUGUAUUCAGGGACACUCAUUACUGAGCUCAGGAGCAGCUUAGUCAAAGAGGAGUCCCCUCCUGAGACACCCGUAGAGCAGAAAACUCCAGUAGAGUCCAAAGCAGAUCUACGGUCCAAGGUUGUGGCUGAGUUUGUGCCCCAGGCACUGUUUGACGAACUGGCCAAGUACAGGAAGUCGAUGGAGGAGUUGGACCUGAGAGAAAAGCAGCUGGCAGCGAUGAGGGUCGACAUCUGCAGUUCUGACGCCCUCAAGAGACUCAAAGAUAAGGCCGGAGGAAAGAAAUUCUCCAAGGACUUUGAGGAGGGAAGUGCCCAACUUCAAGAGUUUGUCAAGUUCUAUGACAAACAAGUCAAAACUGUGCCUCCUCUCAUGGAAGCCCUCAGCAACGCUGAUAUCUUCUACGAGAUGCAGUACAAGGAGGUCAAGAUUGUUGCUAAUGCCUACCAGACGUUUGCCAACCGGGUGUCCCACCUGAAGCGUAAACUGGACAGCCUGAAGGCCAACUUGCCGGACCUGGACGACUCACCAAUCCCUUCGCCCUCUGCAGACGCACCGUCCCCAACAGGCUCAGAGUCCCCCUUUCAUGGUCUGGACAUGGCCAACCCUGAUCCAGAUCUUGAUGGCUCUGCUAUGGAUGAUGAGGCAGAGCCACCAGCCCCGAGCCCUCUGUCCUCUCUGGGAGGAUCCCCCAAACGCCUGGAGUCUCUCGGGGACAUUGACAACCGUGAGGUGGAAGACAUGGAGCUCUCUGAUGAAGAAAUGGACAGCGGUGGCAUUAUAGUUGAGGAGCAUGUUGAACAUCCCACCCACCCAAAUGAGUGCACUUCAAAAAUGGAACCAACAGUGGUGACGGAGGCCCCUGUCACUCAGAUCACGCAGGCCACGCCUCCUGUAGUGACUUCAGCAGCAUCUGCAGUAGUAGAAGUAGAAGGUGUUGACCUCGGAAAAAUUGGCUCCAUCCUCAACAGUUUAAACUCAGUCAUGAAGAAACCAGGACCAUUAGUGGAGAGUCCUCCUGCAGCUGCCCCUGCUGGCUCCUCAGGGAAGACCACACCUGCUGCUGCCCCUGUGACCUCUCAGGAUGCCAGUUCACUGGUGAACCUGCUCUCCAAGGUGGAUGUGAGUCCUGCAGACCUCCUUGGCGCGCUCUCCAAAGUUCAUGGUCAAGGCAGCUUUGAGGGCAUCCCUUCUCUUCUGAGCAGCCCAGCUGCAAAUGUCUCCUCAGACUCUUCCAGUACAGGCAAGAUCCCUCCCUCUCCCGCAUCCACUUCUGCAUCAGCAGUACCCUCUCAGAGCCCGUCUCUCUCCACAGUUGCACCUGUGCCUUCUCCACACAGCUCUUCUGUAAAGCAGAGCACAGGCUCUCAAGUCCCCCCUCGGACUUCCAACCCAGCCUCUGCCCUGGUCCAGGCUCUCCACAGAGACAUGGAUUUAUCAACAGAGACAAACACGUCCUUUUCUUCCCAGAGCUUAGAGUCUAAAAUCCACAACUUCCUGCAGGGGAACCCUGCUUUCAAUGCUUUCAAUGCAUUUGGCAUAGGUACUUCUACAAACCCAGGGGCGGGAGGUGAUAAUCUCAGCCCAGUGAUUGGGACAGACACUCAGAGUGGGACACCAGUGCGGGAUGAGGGUGGAGGCACCCCAACUCAAGAUGAGAUCAUGGACAAGCCUGUGGUAGUCCCAUUUACCGACACAAAUCAGUCAUUGAUUGGUGACACUAUUAAAAAAGCACCUGUUGCAUACCAGAACAGCAACAAUCCCCAACAGCAUGCUCACGGGCAGCCAGGUGUGGCUCAGAACGGACAGGUCUACCAGCCGUACCACUACGGCGAACACAAGAUGUCAGAGCAGGGCAUUACUGCACCUGUUGCACAUUACCAGCAGAUUUCUGCACAAACAGGAGGGCCAGUGCCUGGAGAAAGAGCCCCAGGCAGCGCCAGCAGCGCACAGACAAUCGAAGGCUUUCAGGGGGUGAGUGAAAGGGGUUGGUAUGGUGACACUUACCCAGAAGGGAACUCUCAGCAACCCAGAGGCUACAAAGUGACAGCGCCUGGAGAAAACAAGACAUCAGGACUUUAUCCGUACCAGACUGAGAAUUUCCAGGAACCUCAAGAGUUGCCCCCCCAGCAGGGCGCCAACACAGCCCCUGGUUACUUCACAAGCGGCCUCCCUCCCGUCCCAAAGCUCCCGCCCCCUCCAAAUGUUUUUGACGCUCCUCCUGCCAGGCCCAGAAGCAUGAUGAUGCCGCCAGAGCAGCAGCCAAUGCAGCAACCAGUGCCGAGGGAGCUGCCUGGGGCCAGAGGGGACAGCGUCAUCAGUGGGAUGGUGGUCCACGACCAUCAGCACAAAUCUAUGUUUCAUCCUGAUGACUCGCUGUAUGAACGUGACCGACUUCACCCUCCUCAACCUUCUCACCCUGAGGACUUUCAUCCUCACCCGGACGACCUGCGCUACCAGGACGAGCUCCAUCAUCAUGAUCCCCAUUUCUUUGAGGACGACCCUUACCACCACCCGGACCCAGAUCCAUACCACAGAACAGGCAGCCCUCCGCACCACCACCCCGGAGUUCGAGAGCAUCUCCCUCACCCUUUCUCACCCUCAGAGGACUCUUAUUACGGACAAGACUACCAGCAGCACAGCCCCCCUCCUCGGCCCUUCGCUCCAAGGAGACAACUUCCGCCACCACAACCAAUGCGGCAUCCUGGUCCGCGGCAUCCUGGUCCACGGCAUCCUGGUCCGCAGCAUCCUGGUCCUCGGCAUCCUGGUCCGCAGCAUCCUGGUCCGCGGCCUCCACAUCGGCCUCCCCAUCCAGCACACCACCCACAUCCCCCCAGAGGACCCCCACAACGUGCACCAUUUCCUCGGUUCCAGCAGGGCCCCGAUCCGAGGUUAAGAGCCAAACGUCCAGGUCCAAGAGGAGGCGGGAAUCCUGGUCCAAUGUUCCCUCCGAAAAGACCCUUCCUACCCCCACGGUACUGAUGGGACAUGUAGCUUUACACAUCUCAAAUCACUGUGGACGUCAUUAAGGCAGGUGCAGGGCUUUUAAGACUCACUAAGACUGGCACUUCAGACCCUGGACUAUGAGAAACCUGUGAAAAUCUGGGUGGGUAAAAGUGAAAGUGAGCUGGUGCAACAGGAAGCGAGGUUAUUAAUUCACCAGAAGAAAAGUGUGAAUGGCGGAGAGUAAAGGCGGAGGACAAGAAACAACACCAGGAGAUGUAAAAGACACCGGAGGCUCUGAGAGGGCUGCUGAGCUGAAGACUGAAGACAGAAGAUUAAAGAAAAUAAGAGGUGGAUAUAUAUAUAAUUCACUUUUUGUGUUAUUUGCUCCAGUACGAAGCAUUGCAUUAAAUAUAUAACUGAGCGUCAGCUUGAUAAAGGUCAGAGCGUGCGUGCAUGGUAUGCGUGUGUGCAUGCGCUCAGGUUAACUAGUCACUGAGGUUGAAUCAGACAAAAGUUAUUUUUACUAAAAGAGGAACAUAAGAAUGUAGUUGGUGCAAUGUUUCUGCUGUUACUUAGUUUUUCAGCGAGCAGUUUUGACUGCUUCUCCACAUAUCAGCAGUUUCCCAGUAGCUUUUUUGGUAAAACAUAAAUUUAAAUUAAUUAACUUUGGAUAUGAAAAUCAGAGUGUAUGGUAUAGAAUGUAUGUUCCUUCUACGAUACUCGUUAGCAUAUUUAGGGAAUAAUUUUUCAUUGUUCCAACUCCGAUUGUUAUAUAUUUGUGAAGCGAUGAUUUCUCUACCAGUGCGUCAGAUUGCUCCGACGAUAGUUUUACGUCUCGUUAAGGUCCUUGAAGGAGAGCGGCACAUGUCUACUCAAGUGAGAGGUAGAGGUGUGAGGAUUAUUAUUUUUUUCUGCCUCCAACACUGACGCAGAAGAAGAAGAAGUGCAUUUUUGGAGGAGAUGAAGAAACUCGUCUUCAGUUUCGUUUUACUUGUACUGACUAAUAAAAAUAUGAGUUUGAAAAAUUGUGUUGUUUUUUUUCCUUUGACCCUUGAACUGUUGCACCAUUUCCCUAAACUAGUUAUCAUCUAGACACAACAUUAGAGUAAAUUUAUGUAUUUUGUAGAAUUAUGCUUUGCUAUAACAGGGCAAUAUGGUCUGAAAGUGUCAGAUUCCUGUGAGGACUAAAAUAGUUUCCUGUUACCAUGCAACAUUAUUCCAGUCGGGUAAAAAUAAUCACUUAAAGAAUAGAAAUAAAUCUAACUUAGGUACAUUAACUGUAUUUAAAUAGUUAGAGUUAAAAAUUGAUUGAAUUAACUAUUUACAUGUAUCCAUAUGGUCUUAUUGUGGAGCUUGAUGCCAUGUAGUUUACCUUUUCUAAAGAAGAAUUUGAAACCUAAAUGACUCAAUGGUCUAAUGGCGGCACAGCAUUCACUGCUAAAAACUUAAAUCGAAAAUUGUAUUAAAUUGUGGCCUUAAAAUCGACAACAAUAAUCUUAUUAUGAAGAUGCUGCCAGUUUGUAAAGAAAUGUUUUACAGGUCACGAUCAAAAAGAUUGUCUGUACUCUAGUUAAUUAAGUCAGUAUUGUUAAAAAUAAGACAUUUAAACUAUUGUGUAGUUACGAAUGAAGAAAUGUCCACACAGGUUGCAUAUUUUAAUCUGUGUGGAUUUACCUGUUCUUUUUUUUUUUACAAUAGUUUGUUUAACUGUUGAUUAAAUUAAAGUCUUAUAAGUUUUCAUGGGUGGUCUCAGACCACAGUUAAUUAAAUAGACCCUAAAAGUCUCUGUAGGUUACUUAGUUUAGUCCAGGUAUGUCCAGAUUAUUCAUAAAGGCCUGUGUGGCUGCAGGUUUUCCUCUCAACCAAGCACAAGCACACCAGACUCGAGUCAUUUGAUCAACUGAUUUCAGGCUUCAAACAGCUGAUCAGGUGAAUCAGGUG